CGUCGUAAUAGUGCUGUGGAUGAAUGUGUUGUUUGUUCAUUGGGUGGAUGAGUGAGUGAGUGAGUGAGUGAGUUUCUCAAGAGGAGGAGAUGAUAUAAAUGAGACAUCUUUCAGUCUUUUGUGUCUCCAUCCACUCCACGCUCUCAACAGUUCACAGUUGAUAGGCGUCAUGAGUUGCCCAUCAUCUGGUCAGCAGUGUAACGGUCUUUACCCUCAGACCCCCCAGCAGACCUCUGGUACUGUGUGGCCAAUUCAACCCUGCCAACCGUACUGGCCAUGCCAACCUAACCAACCCACCUGGCCCGUGAGCCAACCCAGUACAGCGGUACCAACGACCUGGCCUGUCCAGCCCACCCAACCUGGAUGGCCCAAUACACCAUCCACUCCAACAAGUCAACCCAGUCCAACUGUACAACCAAGCUGGCCUGCUCAGCUACCCACCCCGCCCGGAUACCUACCGUCUCCAGUACCCCCGACCUGGCAUGGUAAUCCUGGUCAACCUGGCUGCCCCGGUCAAGUCCAGACGGGAGGAACCCAGCAGCCAUGGCCUACUGCUCCUGUUACUGUCCCAUUCAACAUGAAUUUCCCCCGUGGCAUCUACGACAAGCUAAUGCUAACUAUCAAAGGGCAGGUCAAACCUGAUGCUAAAUUGUUCACAAUCAAUUUCAUGCGUGGUAACGACAUCGCCCUUCACAUCAACCCACGAUUCAACGAAGCAGGGAAAGCAGUUCUGGUGCGCAAUCAUAAACUGGGGGAGCGUUGGGGAAAAGAGGAGCGUGACAUUCUGGUGCCGUUUCCAUUCAUGCCCGGACAUCACUUUGAGAUGAAGAUCUUGUGCACCUUCACCGAGUUCAAGGUGGCCGUCAACAACACGCCCAUCUUUGACUUUCAGCACCGAAUCAAAGAAGUCAACCAGAUCAACCGCAUCAACAUUCUGCACGAUGUCACACUCACAUCUGUCACUGUGGACACUCUGCCCUGAACCAAUCACAACCAGACCAACACAAUCAACCAAUCACACGAUAGGACUCCACAGAACUCAACAGUGGCUUCAGUAUCUUCAUUCACGUGAUGUUGAUAUUUAAACUGCUGGAAUUCUGUCGGAACGCAUUGAAGGAUCAUUGGAACUCUAGAACUCUCCAUCCACUGGCGUAUGUGCUGCUGUCAAAUUAAACAUUCCUCGUUGACAUUCAACACCCUCCGUUCUCCACUGUCCACUCUUUUUCAGAUUUUUAAGAUUUGCGCAUUUCAAUUUCACAACAAGUUUCCAUCAAAUGGAGUAAUCUUUAACAAAAUGAAGUUAAACAUCCUUACAUAUUUCAAGCUUUGUUAAGUUUGUUAAAGAUUACACAUUUCAAUUUUUUUAUGAAAUUGAAAAUAGGCAUAUAUAUUUUUUUUGAGUGUAAUAUACAAUAAAUAUCAUGAUUGUAAUAUGGAAACCUCUCACAAUGUCAAAAGACGUAAGAGAUGUUAAAUGUUUUCUUUAUAAUGGACUAUUAAACAGCUAAGCAUUUAAACUAGAAAAGAACACACGUUACUUUUAUAUUUAGGGUUUACACUUACACACUUAUAAUUACAGUCAUAUGUCUUCUGAUAUAUUUAAAUAAAUAUGUGAUGACUAACAUACAUGCAAGGCAGUACUAAAGUUGUGUGUGAAUUAUUGCAUUGUGCUUUAAGUAAAAAAACAUUUAAAACCAAAGUAGAUGAACCAUUAAUGAAGUCUACAGUUAGUAUGUUCAUUGUACUCACGUUCUUGUUGCUAAUGUCAUUUUUAUGAGCACACUAAGACAAAUUACAACUGUAUUGUCAUGGCAAUAAAUUAAAUCAAUAAAUUGAUUGACUGAAUCUUUA